AAGGACAGCCAGCAAGGACCGGCGGGAAAAGCCAUAGGCUUUCAGUGCGCAUGCGCGACUUGCUCAUUGCGGUUCCGCUCCAGCAGCAGUCGCGCGGUAUUCGAUCUCUUCGCGCUGCUAACUAAACUCAGGUCCGCGUAAGUUUGUCACUUUUAGCACUCAAGCUUUGGAGAAAAGGUCAAAUCUCGUUUCACAAGACUGAAUGUUACCCGACGGUGUCGCAGGUACGAGGAGGAGUCACGGAUUUGAAGACUAAACGGGAACUCGUCAAGGUUUUAGCUAGCUACUUAGUCAUCAUUGUUUUAGCUAGCUACCAUUGACAGAUAAAUGCAUUGAUUUGCGGUUUUCGACUCCAUUUUAUACGUAUUAUUACGGAACUUAAACAGGUCACAUUUACAAGAUGAAGACUCCUCCCUCUGCGUCUCUGCGGGUGAAACGCAAAAAUGUCCGUCAAAUCAGAAGACACCUCUGCCAAAACAUGGCCUGUAGUCAAGACUCCGAGAGAUUCUCGUGGAAGAUCGAUCCGAGCCGGGACAUUUGCUAUGUGACGAUGCUUCCGUCAGCUUUCAUCCAGCGCCAGGAAAUGUCGUCGUACUUCCGCCUUCUGGAUGAUAAACUGAUUCACGACUUCUUGAGGAUGGACUCCUGCUUUAAAAUGACAGACAAGUACCUUUUAGCCAUGACCUUUGUGUACUUCAAACGAGCCCACUUCACUAUUGCUGAAUACAACACGAGGAAUUUUUUCAUCGCACUUUAUCUUGCAAACACAAUGGAGGAGGAUGAGGAGCAGAGCAAGUAUGAAAUUUUCCCCUGGGCUCUGGGCAAGAACUGGAGGAAGCAGUUUCCUCGCUUUCUCCAACAGCGAGACGUGCUGUGGGCUCGCAUCCAGUACAGAGCGGCCGUCAGCCGCCGCUGCUGCGAGGAGGUGAUGGCUGUUGCGUCUUCCCAUUCUGUGUGGCAGCGAACGCGGUCUGAUCACCACAGCGGUGCCCAGCGGCAGUACAGCGAUCCGGGCUCACCGUUUCCACGGGGGCCCGCCGCCUCCCCGCUCUCCUGUGCCCUCUGCAACUAUGGUGGCAGGUUGCAUCAUGGAAGCUCGCCGACACAGGCCGUGGAAAAAUCCUACACCCACUCGUUUAUAGAUGCUGCUAGUUUGGAGGUCACCCCACCCCGAGCUGCUGCUGCUGUCGCCUCCCAGAGGAAAACGGGGAAGUCAAGAAGCCAGGCGCAGCAAUCUCAGCACUUCUGUCCCGAGGAGAUAGCCAGUUUCUACAACCCUUCAUGCAACGGCAUCAUGGACUGGAUCAGCGAGGUGUAAAACAGCAUCAACUCUUCUCUGUAUUAAAUGAAUGCCACACUUACUCUCUGAAUGAAAAGUCACUUUAAAAGGUCUGAAGUUUGUAUCAUUCAAGUUGGUGAAGCCUGAAACAACGGUGAUGACUUCAUGAGCUCCAGCAGUAGCUUUGCUCUGUACUUUCACCAGCAAACGACGUCUGUACCGAUGGUUCUAGCUCCAUUAUUUAUUGAACUUAUUUAUAUUUGUGUUGUCACUCUGUUUUCUCAUGUUUGACAGACUUGGUGGAGGAGUUUGGAUGUUUGUAACUGUUGAAUUGGAGGGCUUGAGUUCAGAAUACAAGCUUGAACUUGA